CAUCAGCAACACGCCUCUCAAUUCUCAAACCCUCACUAGAUUCCUCUCUCUCUCUCUAAAUCUCUGUCAAAGUUUCUCUCUCUACAAAUGGCUCGAUUCAGCGGCGUCAUUUUGGUCCUAAUGGCUUCCCUCUUGCUGGCCUCGACGGGGGCGCAAUCUCCUGCAUCGUCUCCGGCCAAGUCUCCUGCGCUUUCUCCCAAACAAGCUCCCGCCGCUCCUUCUCCGUCGAGCACUCCACCUACGGCCGCCGCUCCUUCUCCAUCGAGCACUGCACCAUCGUCUUCGCCUUCCUUAUCUCCCGUCGCCGACUCCCCACCUUCUCCCCCAUCGUCGUCUCCGGCGGCUGUUCCCUCUUCAGUUUCUGGAUCUCCCUCCGAGGCUCCAGUUCCUACCAAUGGUGCCGUUUUGAAUCGGUUCUCCGCCGCCGGAGCUCUAGCCGUUGGGGUUUUCGCUGCAGUCAUUGUUAUGUAGAGUGGGGGUGUUUAAGACUUUUGGUUCUCAAUUUACUAUUUUGUGUGGAUUCAUUUAUUCAUUUAUAUUUCAUAGUUUUAAAUUUGUAACACUGUUAUAUGGAAUACAAAGAGACAUUUUUCUGUCAA